AUGGCUGGAACGACUUCUGUUGAGAUUCCUUUACACGAUUCCGAUGAGGUAAUCGAAUUGGAUUUCGAUCAACUUCCUGAUGGUGGUGAAUGCCUCGCAAUCCUGAAAGAAGAAAGACCCCAACUUCGUAUAUGGAAUGUUCUAGCUCAACAGUAUUACAAACUAGGAGAGCAAGAUGCUUUCUUGUCUAUGUUGGAAACUGCUACGACAGAAGCGACAAUGAGCUACGACGAUAGCGAUAAAGACUUGAUGACAACUUUAGAUAGUUUAGCCAACUACUACGUAGAAUUGGGCAAAAAAGCAAAUAAUAAAGAUCUAACGAGAGAUUAUUUUGCCAAGGCCGCUCAAUUGUUUGGUAAAGGCGACAAAAUUAUCAUGCAUCACGAGGGGCAUUUAGUAAGUCGUGGAUGUUUUUACCUGGCUGAUGGAAAAUUGGAACAAGCUGAAACACAAUUCAAUUUCGUUCUGACGCAAUUAAACAAGCAAAAUCCUCCAGCCUUAUUAGGCAAAGCUAGUAUACUUUUCAGUCGAAAGGAUUAUAACGGUGCUCUUAGCCUAUAUAAAGAAGUUUUAAAAUUAAAGCCGGAGACAUGUCGAGCUGAUGUUCGUCUAGGAAUUGGACAUUGCUAUGCAAAGCUAAACAAACUCAACUUGGCAAGGCGAGCAUUCGAAAGAGCAUUACAACUCGAUCCUAGAUGUGUUGGAGCGAUGGUUGCUUUAGCUGUUUUGGAACUGAACAAUAACAGGGCUGAAUCUAUUAGGAAUGGGGUUGAUUUAUUAUCACGUGCUUAUACAAUCGAUCAAACAAACGCUAUGGUGUUGAAUCACCUAGCCAACCAUUUCUUCUAUAAAAAAGAUUUUAAUAAAGUUCAACAUUUAGCUCUACAUGCUUUCCAUAGUACGAACGUCGAACCUAUCCAAGCCGAAAGCUGCUAUCAACUAGCUAGAGUUUUCCAUUCGAUGCAAGAUUACGAUCAAGCUUUUAAAUAUUAUUAUCAAGCUACUCAAUUUGCCGAUAGUAAUUACGUUUUACCACAUUUUGGUCUUGGCCAAUUAUAUCUUGCUCGUAAUGAUCCAACUAAUGCAGCUAGUUCAUUUGAAAAAGUACUUAAAGUCCAGAGUGAUAACUAUGAAAGUAUGAAAAUUUUAGGAUCUAUAUAUGCACGCUCUAAUAACGAAGAAAAGCGAGAAAGAGCUAAAAUUUUAUUACAAAAAGCAACCACUCAACAUCCUGACGACAUAGAAGCUUGGAUUGAAUUAGCAGGUAUACUAGAAGGUUCAGAUAUUCAAGGGGCACUUUCAGCAUAUGGUACAUCUUCACGACUUUUACAAGAGACUCUUGAAACCGAUACACCUCCAGAAAUAUUAAACAAUGUAGCCGCGUUACACUUCAAGUUAGGUAAUCUAUUAGAAGCUAUGAAAAACUUUAGUGCCGCAUUGGAACGAGCUAAAUUAGAAGCAAACGAAUCAACCGAAGGUUCAUCUUAUUUCAAUACUAUAUCAGUUACUAUAACAUAUAACGUCGCUCGUUUACACGAAGCAUUGUGUGAACAUGAUGAAGCAGAAAAGUUAUAUAAGCAAAUCCUUAAAGAUCAUCCUAAUUAUAUCGAUUGUUAUCUUCGAUUGGGAUGUAUGGCUCGCGAUAAGGGUCACUUUUAUGAAGCUUCAGAUUGGUACACCGAAGCACUUGUUAUAGAAAGGGAGCAUAAAGAUACAUGGUCUUUAAUUGGAAAUUUACACAUGAUGAAGCAAGAAUGGGGUCCGGCCCAGAAAAAGUACGAGCGUAUUUUAAAUCAAAACAAAGACGAUACUUACGGUCUUGUAGCUAUGGGAAAUAUAUGGUUACAGACAUUAUAUCAACCUACAAAGGACCCAGACAAGAAUAGACGUCAUCGCGAUCGCGCGUUGAGUCUAUAUAAGCAGGUAAUUCGACUCGAUCCACGAAAUAUUUAUGCCGCUAAUGGUAUCGGUGCCGUAUUAGCACAGAGUAGUUUUCAUCAAGAAUCUCGAGAAAUUUUUGCUCAGGUCCGCGAAGCUACUGCCGACAUGUUCGACGUAUGGCUAAAUCUCGCUCAUGUUUACACUGAACAGAAGCAAUAUUCGACAGCAAUUCAAAUGUAUCAGAACUGUAUCAAGAGGUUCGGAAAGAAUCAAAGUACGGAAGUACUGCUAUAUCUAGCUAGAGUAUUCUUUAAGGAUGGUAGAUUACAAAAUUGUAAAAGUGCUCUUGUUAAGGCCUGCCACGUUGCCCCGCAGGAAACUCUACUCUUGUUUGACGUUUGCUUAGUCUUACAGCGUAUAGCAACAGUUUCUCUAAAAGAUGAAAAUAGUAACCUCAAGGACGUUCAAGAAGCUGUUGAUCAACUAAAAUUAGCUCACAGAUACUUUACAUUUUUGAGUAAAGUCGGAGACAAAUCGAAAUUCGAUCUUAAUCAGGCUCAAUUGGAAGCACGCCAAUGUGUAGAUCUAUUAAGCCAGGCUAAGUAUCAUGUGUCCAGGGCAAAGAAGAAGCAAGAUGAAGAACUUGAAUUAAUUCGUAAGCAGGAGGAAGAACACCAAGCCUAUCUAGAGAAAAGAAAGGCUGAAGAGAUACAACGCCAAAAAGAAGAGGAAGUAAAGAACAAGUCCAUUAAUGAAAAACGUAGCCAAUUUAUUGAAGCGACCAAGAAACUCUUAGUUUUUGAAGCGGAUACUUCUAGUGCUGCGAAAAUUUCGGGUCGCCGAGCUAAGGUAUGA